AGAGAGAGAGAGAGAGAGAGUGAAGGUGAAUUGUUAGACCAACAAUGUUGGUGUAACUCAAAACCGUUCGACUUUAGAAUGUGACGCGACAUUUGCACUUGUGUGUGUAGUUCAAACCACAGAGUGAGUGACAGAAGAGCCAUAACAGAAUUGUGCACUUGAGGUUUUGGCCAUUGGAUGCUGCACGUGUUGUUAAUUUGUUUUAAGAAAAAUUUUGCUCACCGCCUAUUUUGUUUGUUAAAAAAUACCAAUAAUCGGCUUUUCAAUUGUAUAUUGCGGAAAGAGAAACAAUCAUAUCACAUCACAGUAAGUGAGCCACACAUUUCAUCACCGUCUCAAUAAUGGAAAACGCACCAGAGGUUUUGUUGUUAAAUCCAAGGCCAAACGAUUACUUAUCGUUGCUGAAUGAAAGAGAAUUGGUGAACAUUUUCAAGCAUCUGGAUUUGUAUGAACUUUUGCAAAUCAGCGAGCUCGAUGUCAACUAUCAACGGAUCAUUGGCGAACGCAUCAUCUCCAAGCAAACGCUCGAUGUCAGCAAAGUCAGUAGACACUACGACACUCGUCAAUUAUUCAAACAAUUUGGCGAGUACGUGACCGAUUUGAAAGUGCACGAGUCUGACAUCCAGUAUAAAGACGAUCAAUACACAUUCAUUGAGGAGAUAUUCCGAUUGAUCAACAAGCGAUGCACCGUUGGCCGUCUCAAAUCAAUCUCAAUUGGUCUCAACAGAGAAGCUCAGCACAUGAUUCGCACUGUACCAAAUGUGUUCUGCGAGAUUUCAUCACUUUCCGUGUAUGGCGAUUAUUUCGGGCAGUUGAGUAAUCUAUUGGAACAGGUGAUACCCAAAUGUUCGAAACUUUGUUCAUUGGAAAUCACUCGUAUGUCCGGAAAUUGGAAUUUCCUCAUAAGUCCACAGCUACAAAUGCUACAAACGCUGGAAAUUAAAUACUGUCAAAUCCCCCAUUCUGUCUGGGCCCAUUUCAUCCGAAUCGGUAUUCAAUCGUUGACCAGUUUGGUCAUCAAACAGAAUGCAUUCUCGUUCGAUGAGCCAGAAACACCGAUGGAAAAAGUGACCAGAACAUGGUUAGCCAACUCAAUUGGAAUUAAAUUUCCGAAUUUAAAAGAACUCGUUUUAAUAAAUUGCCAUCCAGGCCUCUUAUUCGAUGGAAGUAAAUUCACACAACUUGAGAAAAUUUCAUUCAAUGCCAGGGGAAUGUUAUUCAUUUCAGACAGCAUCAAGUACAUGACAAAUUUGCGCUCUGUUGAAUUUUCGGAAUAUAGUACGAUUUCUGUAUUCGAAGAUUUCCUACAGCUUCCAUUGCUCAGUGAGUUCAUAUUGAACGCACACGACAUCGGUGCAAAUGUGAUCACGGCAAUUGUUGCAGCCUCGCGUUAUCUGCGUGUUUUGCGCCUCAAUUCACGAAAACCCAGGAUUGCAUGGACGCUUUAUAACGAACUUGUGAUCGAACGAGCAACCCGUUGGCCAGACGCACCACCACUGCAUAUGUACGCAAGAUUCAAGGAUUUUCAGCGCCACAAACCAAAUGUCAUCACCAUUCAUAGAAUCAAUUGAAAGAAAACUUCAUUUCGUCGAUACACACAAUUCUACUUUUUUUCUUAUUUUUUUUUUGUCAUUGUUCAGAUUUAUUGUUCGAAGGAAUUUCAUUGAUAAGAUAUGUGAAAGCAAAUGUAUUAAUUGUCAUUGAAAAUCAGAACAACCUAGAAUAUGAAAUCAUCGCCUACACAAAUACCUGAAAAUGAAGUGAUAUAUGUAUAAGAGAGUCCUAAUUAACCUGGCCCACAAUUGAUGAAAAUUUCCGUGAAAUAUUAAAUUCAUCAAAAUUAAACUAAAA